CAUUUUUAGAUAGGUUCUGCUUUAGAUUAUAUUUAGUUGGUAGGAGAUAAUGAACGAUAUGUCAGAUGAAAAGUAACAAAAUAAAUAUAAUUGCACUUAAUAUGAAGAUAUAAAUGGACUCGAUUUAAGUAUACGAAAAGUUAUAAAAAUGGAUGGCAGUGCUGAAAAGGCUAGUACUUGUAUUCACAUUAAUUUAGCAAUUAAUUUGUAAUGCAAUUCCUUUAGAGUUAAAGAAUAAUAAAAAUAAGUCAUCUAAUAAAUUAAACAUCUUGCUCGAUAAGGUUCUCAUAUGUAUGUAACUAUCAAUCUAUUACAAUUAUUAACAACUACAAAUGUAGUUUUUCAUAUUCCACUCUUAUAUUUUAAUUCCUUCCUUUAUUAUUAUUUUAGUACCGGAUAUUUAGAGCUUCCAACAUAAUAAAUAAAUCAAUACAAAAAGAAAAGUAAAUAAGAUGCAUUAAUUGACGAAGUAUUAUUAGAGUAAGAUCAUUUUCAAUUCAAUCUCAACUCUAAUCCAUAUAUACAUCAUUUAUUUUUUCUUAUUAUUUUUACAUAGUAAGUUUUUACCGCCAAACUCAAUUACUCCAAUCAUAUUCACUAAGAAAUUGCCAUAAGGAGGACAAUAUAGAUAAAAAGGAACUUAACCUUUGUGGGUCAAUGCAUUAGAGAGUCUUCUUAGUGUUGUGGUCUAAUUGUAUUAUAAGAGUGAUUAAAAAUUGGCAGAGUUUAUGAAAGAAAAGGUCUUAAUUGAUUCAAAAAAAGAACUCAAACAAGUUUAUAUCACAUUAUAAAUUUAAGGAAAAGAAACCUGGAAGAAAAAAGAAGAUUCUUGAUAAUGAUUCACCCAAUCAAGAAUAAACUGAACAAUAAUAACAAUAACAAACAAAUACUAAUGUUUAUUCAUUACUUUAAUAAGAUGUUUUAGAUAUUCUAAUAUCUCCAUUAAGAAAUGAUUUUCCUUUUGGUAUAAUUAUUAUUUUUAAUCAUUAAAGAAACUUGGACAACUAAAGAAAUUGCAAUAUUUGAAUGUGGAAUGUGUAGAUAUGGUAAACAAUAUGAAUUCUUAUCCCAUCUUGUAAAUUAUUUCCAUUAUUUAAGAUUAAAACUAAAAAUGCUUAAGACAUUAUUUAAUUUUACUACUUUUGGAAAUUCACAAGUCAUUAUAAACUAUGGAAAAUUAAUAAAGCAUAUUAUCAUCGCAGUAACCUAAACAACUAUGUUUGA